AUCGGUCAUGGAGGACUGAUACUUAAGAAACACCUACGGAUGAACUUCUCUCUGACUUACAUAAGGCAGACGGACGAUACGAGGGGAAAUCUUACUCACUAGAAAACAACGUCUGGGAGAAGGAGGCCUCGUUCAAAGACGCGUUCGCAGCUAUGUCGGAGAAGACGAAAGUGAUGGACCUUAGGGGUUGCCAACCUUCCUGCUGUUUGAGUGUGAACGAUGUGUCCUACAAAGUCAGUGAGCGAGUAGGCCCGUGGUGGGAUCUCCCUUCCUACAGGAAGAAAUGGACGAGGCAGAUCCUCAAUAAUGUGUCCUUUCAUGUGGAGAGUGGUCAGCUCAUGGGUAUUUUAGGAAAUUCAGGUUCGGGCAAGACAACAUUGCUGGACGCUAUAGCGGGCAGGAUCGGGAACUCGGGUUCUCUGGAGGGCGAUGUCCUUAUCAACGGGCGGAAGCUGAAGACUGAACAGUUCCAGGACUGCUUCUCAUAUGUGCUACAGAGUGAUAACCUGCUGAGCUACCUGACUGUGGAGGAGACCCUCACAUUCACAGCCCAGUUGGCCCUGAAGAGACACUCCAGUCAAGCCAUCCAUAAGAAGGUGUCGGCGGUGAUGGCGGAGCUGAGUUUGGGUCAUGUGGCCCACAGUGUCAUCGGCGGACGCAUCUUCCCUGGCAUCUCCGGUGGCGAGAGGAGACGAGUGUCCAUCGCUAGCCAGCUCCUACAGGACCCCAAGGUGAUACUGUUGGACGAGCCAACCACAGGUCUGGACAGCAUGACAGCCAAUCAGAUUGUGCUGUUGCUGGCGGAGCUAGCGAAGAGAGAUCGUAUCGUCAUAGUAACCAUUCACCAGCCUCGCUCAGAACUCUUCAGGUUGUUCAAUAGGAUCGCCAUUAUGAGUCUGGGCGAGCUGGUCUUCUGUGGGGAGCCGGGGGAGAUGGUGGACUUCUUCAGUGGCCUCGGCUAUGAGUGUCCAGAGUAUUGCAACCCAUUCGACAUCUACGUGGACCUGACGUCGGUGGACACCCGCUGCAGCGAGAGAGAGGCCGCCACCUCCAGCCGCAUGCACGAGAUCACGUCAGCCUAUCAGAGCUCACAGAUCUACCAGAGCAUGCUGGGAAAGAGGGAGCGGGCGUGCCAGAGGCAGGACAAACCCAGCAUCCCCUUCAAGAGCAAAGAGUCGCCCAGCGGCAUGUCCAAACUAGGGGUGCUGGUCAGGAGAACCAUGAGGAACCUGUCCCGGGACCGCAUGGGGGUUCUAAUGCGCCUGUCGCAGAACCUCAUCUACGGGCUCUUCGUGGCGUUCUUCGUUAUGCGGCUGGACGAGGACGUGACCAAGGGGGCUGUGCAGGACCGCAUUGGCAUCAUCUACCAGUCCAUGGGCGCCUCGCCCUACACGGGCAUGCUCAACGCCGUGGCCCUGUUUCCUGCUCUCAGGGCCAUAUCAGAUCAGGAGAGUAAAGACGGUCUGUACAGCAAGUGGCAGAUGUUUCUGGCCUACAUCGUCCACAUCCUCCCUUUCAGCAUCAUCAGCGUCCUCAUCUUCACCUCCUUCCUCUACUGGACGGUGGGCAUGAACCCUGAGCCUAAUCGUUUCCUGUCCUUCUCGGGGGUCAUCAUGGUGCCCCACCUGAUUGGAGAGUUCCUGACGCUGGUGCUGCUGGGCGUGGUGCAGGACCCCACUAUGGUCAACAGCGGCGUGGCGCUCCUCAACAUCGCCGGCAUCCUGGUGGGCUCCGGCUUCCUCAGGAGCACCCAGCAGAUGCCAGAGGUGUUUCAGUGGCUGAGCUAUCUAACCUUUCAGAAGUACGGCUGUGAGCUGCUCAUUGUCACCGAAUUUCACAAUCUCAACUUCACCUGCAGUGACACCUCUAUGCUUCCCGGGGCCUGUGUGAUAAGUCAGGGCAACCAGGUGAUUGACCAGGGCUAUCCUGGCGCCUUGUCCCGCUACACCCAGGACUUCCUGCUUCUCUACGCCUUCCUGCCCGCGCUCGUCCUCCUGGGGAUCAUCACCUUCAAGAUCCGAGACCGCAUCAUCCGCCGCUGAGACGACCACGGCAACGGCUACUACUACUCAGGCGUGAAAUGAACAGGGUUCAUACUUCAUACACAUUUUAACCAAUACGUUUCCAAAACUUUCUGGGUCUUUUUACUUUUCCAAAACCUUUCCAAGCCUGGAAUUUACAUUUUUCAAAUUCCAUAACUCAUUUAGGUUUUUUCAAAAGGUACGAACCCUGAAAUAAACACUUAUCUCAUGUGCCUAAAAAGGUCCAAAUGCUCAUCCAGGCGCCCGAUCACUUCUCAUGUCUAUUGGCCUGAAAGUCGGCUCAUGGAGGUCCCUUGGGGAACAAAAAAAAAGGACUCACAGUAGCGCACUGUUUUUGCAAUUUUAUAUUUUUCUGCAUGUGCCACAGAGCUGUUGUUUAUUUGCCACGGCAUCCAUACCUAUGUUUUUUAGUUUGCUUUUAAUCGACUGAUACCCUUGCUAAAACACUUACUUCUUAAUGCCAUCCCUGCAUAUUCUUUCAAUGUUUUUUUCCUCCCUUUUCUAGGUUAUGAGUACUAGUGUGUCCAUGCAAUGGAUUUUCAGUAUGAACCUAAAUCAAAGCAUUGUUCUCUCUGUAUAUAAAGUCUCUUUUUUGUUGAAAUAUUCUCAUACAUACAGUAAUUUAUUGUAGAAUUUUACUUUGUAAUACACUUGAUCGUGGUAAACACUUGACAAAGCAUAGUGUGCAUAAAUGUAAUUUAUUGUAUAUACAGUAUACAAAUAUAAACAAAACAAUAGAGCUUACAUAGUACAAAAAUAUUAAUAAAUCAUGUCAAAGCA